AUGACUCGAGCGAGAACCUAUUUUGGCAAUGUUAGAGAGCCAUUCGCGUUGACGAUUCUUGGAAUGAAGACUUAUGUUCUCACUAAAGCUGAAGACGUGGGCGAAGUCUAUCGGAACAACGAUACGCUCUCAUAUGAGGAGUUUGUUCAAAUGAUGAUGCAAAUUCUGGGAAACUCCAAGUCUGCUGUAAAGGAAAUGUUCAAGCCGCUCUCAAAGGACAAGAAAGGAUAUCCCAAUCCUAAAGAAAAGCCUCUAGGCAUACUGUUCCGAGAGAUGCACAUCCACCAGCUGUUUCCGGGGGAAAAUCUAAAUUUUCUUGAAGAUCGGUUUUACAGAUUUUUCUACGAUCAACUCGAAAAUAGCGAGCUGAGGAAAGCCUCGUACGCUAUCCGAAAGUCGUCAGACAUCACCAUUGUUCCACUUGUUCAAUGGUGUUCGGAUUAUUUUGCUAAGGCUGGACAAGAUGCUUACUUCGGGCCUAGACUCGCUGAUUUGGAUCCCAAUUUAACCGAUGACUUCAUCAUUUUUGAUGAGUUAAGCUAUCAGGUCAUCUAUCAGUACCCUUAUUUCCUCGCCAAGAAAAUGCGGGCAUCACGGGAUCGAAUACUUCAGGCAUUCAAGAAAUACCUAGAGAUACCGCACGAGAGAAGGGAGGGCGCUGCAUGGUUCGUCAAUGCUUCAGAGGAGGAAAUGAACUAUCUGCACUUGUCAGACGAAGACAAAGCGAUCGCUAUUAUGACGAUCUACUGGGCAAUCAACACGAAUAGCCGCAAGGCUGCGUUUUGGUUGUUGGCCUAUAUCAUUCAGACACCUUCGUUGGUCUCAAUAGUCCGAGAGGAAACAGCACCUGCGUUCAAGCCUAAUGGAAACGUGGACUUCGAGUACCUACAUGCUUCAGUGCCACAACUGGAUGCAAUGUGGACCGAGAUGCUUCGAUUGUCUGCUUUCGCGGCGUCCGUACGCUACAUUACAGCUGACACGAUCAUCGGAGGUAAGACGCUUCGUCGGGGUAACCGACUCAUGGUCCCAUAUCGCCAACUCCAUAUGAACGAAGCCGUGUUUGGUGAGGAUGUCGAGCAGUUCCAUCAUGAAAGGUUCUUGAAAAAGCCCAAGCUAUCACAGGGCAAUAGCUUUAGGCCCUUCGGUGGUGGAAGUACUGCUUGUCCAGGCCGACAUAUUGCCAAGCGGGCUGUUCUGCUCUUCACCGCUAUGGUCCUGCACAGGUAUGAUAUCAAGUUGGUAGAUGGGCAGAAGAUGAUGGAAGCGGAUCUGACGAAGCCGGUUCCUGGGCUCAUGUCACCAAAAUUGGGCGAGGAUAUGUUGGUACAACUCGCACCAAGGAAACUUUGA